AUGCAAGGUCAAAUAUCCUCAUGCCAUAUGCAGAUACAGGAAUUAUGGCCAACGUUAUUGGUCCAUAUACAAAACGAUGGCCCUUGUGAAGAGUCAAUUAAAAUUGCCGAACAGCUUAAGAUUGAGCAAGACAAUAAAGAUAAAUAUAUGAAUGCACUAGUUAAGUUAUACCAGUCUCAAGUGCACAUUAUCCAGAAGAGUGGCCAGUUUGUUACUGCUGAACAGAAGAAUGCAAUUGAGGCUGAAAUGAAAACAUUGGAACAGCUCACCAACAAAGGGUAUCGGACUGGAAAAUUUAGUAAUGAUACAAAUAUUCCUGACACUCUUUUUACAACAUUAUUGGAUGAAAUUAUCGAAAAUUGUCCUAUUAUCACAUCCGUUAUUGAGAGUUUGCUUGUGUUCAACAAGAAAGAGAGGAACGUGAAUAAAACAGCUACUUAUAAGAUGCUAUGUGCUAGCCAGUCAUUGUCAGUUUUAGUGAACAUACGAAAUUCAAGGGUCAUGAAUGACUUUGUAUUUUUAUUUGGUAUGUUAUGCAUUUCGUAUGGUGCUGGGAUGCAAUUUAUUAAUAUGUUGUCAGCUAUUGGUCUUACUCUACAUUGGGAUACACUGUAAGUAUACAUUUAACCUAUCAAGUUGCAUUCUUUGGCACCAAUUUGCCAAUCUGAUAUUGGCAGGUCAGCUUUUAGGUCCCCAUUGCCAAAUGCAACCAUGUCUUUUAUGACUGACAUGAACCUUUAGCCGCCUCGUACCCAGGUGCUUUAAAUAAUUAUAAUACAUGAAGUAUUCAGGCAGGCGAUGCGCAAAGGGGCUGUCGGGUAAGGUGCGUCGCAUCGCUGUUUUUUUUACAAAGAGACGCCUGGGUACGGGGCAGAACCUUCAGGGUCUGAAAUUUGCAUUAUCCCGACUUACCAAACUGUAAAUGACUUAUAUACAGACUGGAUAGCACAAAAUUUCAAAUAUUAUGAUACAGUAAUUGAUAAAUGUCUCCAGUGGUUUCUAUACAGCUUUGAACUUCCAUUUCUAACUUGGUGGGUUAGUUGAUGACUGUUGAGUCUCCUGUUGUUACAGCUGUAAUUUAUAACAAUGACAGACAUGUACUUUAUACUUACUUUGAUGGUUCAGGGAUGCCAAAGUUUAUGGUAACCAGUGUCCAGUAGUGGGAUACUGGCACCUGAUUCUCAGAAAGGAUAAUAAACUUUGACUGGUAUCCCAAUGGGGUGCUGAAAAAUAUGUUAAAUUUCAGACCCUGUUAAUUAACCGUAUCUGCACAUAAAGCCUGGUUCACAUAUGCCUGCGACUGUAUCAUUAUGCCUGUACUUGCUGCCGAAGUACCAGCAAAGUUGAACUCAAGUCAACUUUCCCGGCCUACCGCAGAUAUAUGUAACUGUGGCACUGGAGGCAAUCGGCGAACAAAUGUUCACAUAAUUUACGUUUUAAAGCUACCAUCGGCAUCAUCGCCGGUACGUCACAGGCAUAUAUGUGAACCAGGCUUAAAUUCUGUUAAGAACUCAUUUCAAAUUAAGCUUCCAAAGACAUUUUUCUCAGCCCAUCUUCAACACCCCUCAAUUUCCACAAGAGCACAUGGGUGCUGACAACAGCCUGUCUUCAAUUUUAGAGUCUUUUAACCCCCCCUUCAAAAUACAUCACUUCAAGCAUGGUACGUAACACAAUGAAUCCACCCGGAAUCAUGAUCAUAAGAAAAUUUUUAAUAUGUUAAUUUUUUAUAACCUCAUUUAGUAUGGGCUAUUUAGACAAGCGGCUUGAGAAGUCUCAACAUCUUAUAAAUGAAAAGUUCCCAACAGAAACAUCUGUGAUUAUGCUCAUCGAUAAUAUAAAUUUGUAUCGAGGAAGAAGAAGACAUGAAAGGCUGGUUAGGUUACUAGGACCUAAGAUGUGGAACUUUACAGUGAGAGCAGCAUUGCGUCCAAGCAUUCAUGGCAUUGAACAUCACUUUCAAGAUCCCGCUAGCUAUACUAAACCACAAAUAUUGAUUACAGAUCUUGAAGCAAGUGAUAUUUUACUUGGUAUGUUGUACAUUUAACAUAUAUGAUUUAACCCAUUGAGUGGCAGCAAUCCUCACCUGAUGAGUAUUAAUAGUGGUAGCAAUCUUCACCUGAUUAUUAGACAGAGUAAAAUAAUAAGGCCAUCAGGGCGCAUUGCCACGUAAACGGUCAAUGUACAUUCUUGCAUUGUUGUUAACGAAAGAACGUAUUAGAGUAAUUUAUCCCGAGCAUUUUGUGUUUUAUUGUACGAGCAUCGUUUGAAUUAACAGUGUACUACCGUAUGACUAUGUACAUCCUGUGCAAUACAGAAUAGCUUAUACCCCAAAGUCUUCACUGCCAUCUGUUUCACCUUGAAGAUCAUACUUACAUUGAAACAGGUGGAGAUGAUCUCCCAUGUAUUAGCUAAGUUAUAAUUUAAUGGAAAAUAUACGGUCUCAGGCACCGUCCUAUAUAUACUAUCUCGUGCACCGUUCAAUAACCCCUACAAAUAUAUCAGCAAAGCUACAAUGUUUUCAUUUUUGAUUAGGUGGAGAUGCAAAGCAUGAAGAGUUGUGGGGUGAAAUUAAAGAUCGGUAUUUCCUGAAGCUUUUGGACGUUGGCCUAAACAAAAUACCAUCCUGUUCAAAGCCAAUUGAUGAAUUAAGUGAUAAAGAAUGUGAUGCUUGGAUAAAAGAAUCCUUGUUGACUACAAAUGAUGAAGCAUGUGGAGAAGCAUCUUAUCAGAUUGAUAUUCCUCAAUUGGAAAGAGAAUUUCCGUUGAUGGGGAAAAGUGAAUAUUUAAUAUUACCCUUGUCCUUGGAAAAUAAUUCCACACUCACAGGCACGGCUUUAAUAUUGGAACAGUUUAGCACGGAAUUUAAAAUUCCAUGUAAACAUGCAAGUAGACACUUCGUUUUUGACGAAACGAAUAAAUGUUAUGAUCUUACUUCUGCUAGAAAACAUCAUGAAUUUAUGAUCAUGCUGUUUCAUCAUCGAAAGAAUUCCCUUGUCAUAGACGAACAGAUACGGUCUACUGAGAAAACCAUUGUCGAUGGAUCGAACGAAAGUAGGGGAGAUGAGGAUGAAGAAACUAAUGAAAUACCUGCAGAAACCAUCGAAAGCACAACUCGCUUUUUCCAACAGCAAGAUGGAAAGUUGAUCAAAUUGUACAAUCGCAUAAAUAACAACAUGAUCACUGCAAUGCAAUCAAGAGAUAACGAGCAAUUAAAUAAACUUGUUAAAAAGUUGCAAGAUACACAAGAGGAGUGGGAGAAUGUUGCAGAUCAUCUCGGUCGUAAUAUAUUACAUUAUGCGGUGGAAUAUAAUAAUAUCCCCUUAGUCAAAACACUGAUUUCCUGUGGAUUAAACAUUAACAUCCAAGAAGGUUGUGGCGCCACGCCACUUUCUAUUGCAGUUUUAAACCGUUACAAUGUCAUGUGCGAAUUACUUGUUCAAAAUUUUGCUUCCUUUUCUGGACCGUUGUAUGCCAGUAUGCCGUCUCCUAUGGACAUGGCAGAGAAUAUGGAAUUGACAGAUAUUCUCGAAUUGUUUCUAUAUCAGGAAAAGGAAGAUGAUGAUAUUGACAAGAUAAUCAACAAUGGAAGCAAUUACUGCUCUGAUGUUUCAAUGGAAACAUCGAGUAAUGAUGGAGAUAGUGAUGACACGGUUGGUGUUGUAUUUGACCGCAGUGUGAAUGUACAAUGUCCAACUGCGAUUGUAGGAGAUCAAGGAACUUGUAAGAUCCUUAGGUCAGCAAAACACCGUUCACAAGAGGCAUUCAAAUGGGUAGCAGAAGUACCUGGUGAUCUGCACACGAAAGGUUACCUUUGUGAAGCAGCAUACAAGGCUCAAAAGUCAGGUGUGUUUUUGUAUGUCGUUAAUAAGGUGAUGAAAAGGCCAAAAGUCAUUGAUGAAGCUUUUCGGGCAAGAAAAUUUCAGCAACAGAACUUGCAAAGAAUACAAGAAGCUGUAAGAGAUGGUGCUAUGGCGAUUGGUCUCGCUGCAGUUCAGAAUUUCAGAAGACUUUCCCAGCAAAGAAGAUUUCGAUGA